AUGAUGAAAAGCGUCACUUCUGCAGCAUUCCAGAUGCGUGGCCUUCGGUCUGCGGCCGGCGGCAGCGCGAGAGGCUUGGACAGGAGGCGGCCCGACCUCGGCCCCCACGAGGCGGGGCUUCCUGAGCGGCACCGGCGCCUGCGCGCGACCGCGGAGCUGCAGACGCAGGGGCGGGGCGGUCCCGCUCUCCCAGGCCGCCGAGCGCGCGGUCCUCCCGCGGCCCAGAGCGUCGCCGGAAGAUUCGUGCGUCGGUUCGGGAAGGCGGAGGGCGCGGCGGAGAGAACGGGACUGGCCCCGCCGCCCUGGCCCGCGCGUCGCGCCCUCCGCUUGCAGCACAGGCCCCCGCGGCUCUCGGGCGCGGCGUGGGGGAGGCGGCCCUGCAGGAGCGUCCCCGGGGCGCCCCGCGAGCCCGGCUUCCUGCGAGCCGAGUACCCCCCGCGCGUCUUCAGCCCUUUGCAGAAAUUGUUCCGACUACUGGUGUUCUGCAAGGUGGAGCCCACAGGCGCCAAGGGGAGCAGGACCCCGAUGGAGGCCCCUGCAGCUGUGAAGGCCGCUUUCCUGGCGCAGGCCCCGAGUGGCGGCCGGUCAGCUGAGGAGCAGGCAGCUCGGAGCACAGGUCCCGUACCGCAGCCCGGCGCCCCCAAGGCAGAGGGCCACGGAGGGGGCCCUCCCUGGGCGCCGGGGUCUCUUGGCCCUUGUGAAAAUGAGGAAGCUGGAGAGAGGCCCAGAGGUUCCCCUCGAGGCCCGGUCAUUUCUGAGAAGACUGGAGGGCAGAGCGGCCGCGAGUCAGGCCCCGCGGCAGGGGCACGGCGUGGCUGGAAGGGGCGGCCCUUCCCGUGCAGCGCCUGUGGCCUCAGCUUCAAGUGCCCCUCGGACGCAGCGAAGCACCGCAGCAUCCACGCGGGGGAGAAGCCGUACGAGUGCAGCGACUGCGGCAAGGCCUUCAUCCACAGCUCGCACGUGGUCCGCCAUCAGCGCGCUCACAGCGGGGAGCGGCCCUACGCGUGCGGCGAGUGCGGCAAGGCCUUCAGCCAGAGCUUCAACCUGCUCCGCCACCAGCGCGUGCACACGGGCGAGAAGCCCUUCGCCUGCCAGGACUGCGGCAAGGCCUUCGGCCAGAGGUCGGACGCCGCCAAGCACCGCCGCACGCACACCGGGGAGCGGCUGUACGCAUGCGGCGAGUGCGGGAAGCGCUUCCUGCACAGCUCCAACGUGGUGCGGCACCGGCGGACCCACCACGGCGAGAACCCGUACGAGUGCCGCGAGUGCGGCCAGGCCUUCAGCCAGAGCUCCAACCUGCUGCAGCACCAGCGCGUGCACACGGGCGAGCGGCCCUUCGCCUGCCAGGACUGCGGGCGCGCCUUCAGCCGCAGCUCCUUCCUGCGCGAGCACCGCCGCAUCCACACCGGCGAGAAGCCCCACGAGUGCGGCCACUGCGGGCGCGCGUUCCGGGCGCUGUCGGGCUUCUUCCGGCACCAGCGGCUCCACACGGGCGAGAAGCCCUUCCACUGCACCGAGUGCGGCCGCGCCUUCCGCCUGAGCUUCCACCUCAUCCAGCACCGGCGGGUGCACGGCGCCGAGUGAGCCGGGGUGCGCGGCGAGGAGGGGACAGAGCCGGCUGCCUCUCGGGCUGCGAAAGCCUUUCCCUUGGCUCGGGGAAGGGGAGGCGCUUCCCAGCAGCGGGGCAGGCCCCAGGGGUCUGAACCGGGCUGCGCCGGCUGCCGAGACACCUCCCCUCCCACGCUCAGCUGCAGCGACUGUCAUUUCCUGCGGGGGCCACUGGCUGGUGAUCAAAUCGGUCAUUCCCACAGCCAGGCCUCCAGCAAAACCCUGCGUGGGGCUCGAGCUUGGGGUUGGUGAAGGUGGGGGUUGGUUAGGAAGGGGGCACCAGAGAGGGCGUGGAAGCCUUGUGCUGUCCCCUCUACUUUGCCCGUGAGAGCUUCAUCCAUGUCUUUUAACGCCUUUUCACAGUCAGCUGGUCCAUAUGGUCCCGAGCUGUGUGUGCUUAGAAAAGUAUGGAACCUAGCCUGGCACGGUGGCACCCAGCGCGAUGGCUGCCACCUGUAA